CUAUCCAACAAUCCAAUUUACUUGCCUGUUCGUAAGUAAUGGCUAAAUUAACGUAGGGUACGUUCCGUAAUGAACUGCUUCUAUUGUGAGCAUGGUUGUAUCUCACUCAUUGCACGUAGAUAAAGAGAGACAUGAUAAUAUACGUAGUACUUGCAGUGAAUUUCGGAACGUCCUCGUAGUACACGAAUGGUGGACAGUACAAAAGUUACGUUUAGCUAUUAGUGUUAGCGCAACGUUUAUUUGUAUAUCGGAUGUCAGUGAAUGUCAUAAAACACAGGAAAGAACAUUCAUCUUGUGUACUGUUAAUUUGUUUGUUCAGAUAUUACUUGCAUUUCUUUUAAGGAUGUGACAUGGAAUACUUUACAUACCUUUGAUUGCUUUUGAGUCCCUGACUGCUAUCUGUUCCUACUCGUAAAGUUCUCACUGUAACAUAGGAAAAUGAACGGAAUUAUCCCAGAGAUGGAGCAGAUCAUUGGUCAGCUUGAAAGAGGCACUGUGGUCACAAAAUUCUUUCCUAGAAAGAGACCAGAGAAAAAGACACUAAUGAUACGUAGGGAGACUAGGCAGAUUGUAUGGUCCAGAAGUGCAACAUUUAGACCAUUUGAUGGUGCUGUGGAAAUUAGAGAAGUUAAAGAAAUAAGGGUAGGAAAAAAUUCAAAAGAUUUUGAAAAGUGGCCUGAAGAUGCUAAGAGGACUGAGAAUCUUCGGUGUUUCGUUGUAUAUUAUGGAUCUGAGUUUCGAUUGAAGACUCUUUCUAUAUCUGCUCUUAGUGAAAAAGAAUGUGAGUUAUGGGUAAAAGGCCUUAGGCAUUUAGUACAAGAUACUAUAAGUGCUCCAUAUCCUUUACAAGUAGAAAGAUGGCUCAGAAAAGAGUUUUAUGCUAUGGAAAAUAACAGAGAAAUGGUCACAUUGAGAGAUGUGAAGGCAUUUUUGCCUAGGAUCAAUUGUAAAAUUCCCACAAAUAGACUCAGAGAACUCUUUCAGGAAGUUGACACGAAAAACAGAACUGAAUUAGGAUUUGAUGAUUUCGUUACUCUUUACCAUAAGCUAAUGUUUGAUCAGAAUAAUGUCACAGAAUGGAGUAGACUAGCAACUUAUUCGAGUAACGGAAAGACAGUAACUCUUCAGGAAUUUCAGAGUUUUCUUGUGACAGAACAGCAGGAUCCUCUGGGAAAUAAUGAUUGUGAAGUGUCAAGAUUUAUUCGGGAAUAUCUCCAAGAUCCCCAACGAGAUGUUCAAGAUCCAUAUUUUACUUUAUCUGAAUUUAUUGACUUUUUAUUCUCUAAACAAAACGAUAUUUGGGAUCAGAAGCAUGAUAUGGUCUCCCAUGAUAUGACCAGACCCAUGGCACAUUACUGGAUAGCCUCUUCGCACAAUACAUACUUGACAGGAGACCAAAUAAGCAGUGAGAGUAGUUGUCAAGCUUAUGUCAGGGCAUUGAGAGCAGGUUGUCGCUGCAUAGAAUUGGAUUGCUGGGAUGGUGCUGACGGGAUGCCAUUUAUUUUCCAUGGACAUACUUUAACAACAAAAAUAAAAUUUUUGGAUGUCAUAAAGACGAUAAAGGAACACGCUUUUGCAACAUCUGAGUAUCCACUAAUACUUUCCAUAGAGGAUAACUGUACGCUACCACAGCAGCGAAAAAUGGCAGCCACUAUGCAGGAGGUUUUUGGGGAUAUGCUUUUAACUCAACCAUUUGAUAAGAAUGAGACUUCCUUGCCGUCUCCGUAUUCUUUACGUAAAAAGAUUCUGCUAAAACAUAAGAAACUUCCAGAUGGAGUCGACGAAAAUUCAUUCGUCGUCUGGAGCGACGAGAGCAAACAGGAAAUGGAUCUGAGAAACACUAUCAAAAAUGGCAUUCUGUAUUUAGAGGAUCCCGUAGACAAAGAAUGGAAUCCACACUUUUUCGUAUUGACGCAACAGAAACUUUUCUAUACGGAUACAUUUUCUAGGACGCAACAAACAGAGCAUGAGGAUGAUGAGGAAGGAGCGAUUCAAAGACCUGCUGAUGGAGUACCGAAUGAUGAACUUCAUUUUGGCGAGAAAUGGUUUCAUGGAAGACCGGGAAUAGGGCGGAAGGAAGCGGACGAACUUCUUAAACGUUAUUCCCAUUUAGGAGAUGGCACCUUUCUAGUGCGACAGAGCGUUACUUUCGUAGGCGACCAUUGCCUUUCAUUUUGGAGAAAAGGAAAAGCUAAUCACUGUCGCAUAAAGUUUAAGCAGGAGAUGGGUCAAACAAAAUUCUACUUGAUAGAUCCCAAGUGUUUCGACAGUCUCUAUAGUUUAAUCACGUAUUAUCGUAGUCAUCCUCUCAAAAGUCAGGAGUUCCUAAUUAUUUUGCAAGAACCUGUACCUCAGCCGAGUAAUCACGAGGAGAAAGAAUGGUGGCAUUCGGAGUGCACUCGUUCUCAAGCUGAGGAAAUGUUGAAACGUAUCCCCUCGGAUGGGGCAUUCCUGGUUAGGCCCAGUGAGAAAGAGACUAACUCCUAUGCUAUCUCUUUUAGGGCCGAGAAGAAGAUCAAGCAUUGUAGAAUAAAAUUGGAAGGUCGCCUUUAUACUAUCGGUACUGUACAAUUUGAAAGUCUCGUGGAACUUGUGAGCUACUACGAACGACAUCCGCUAUACAAGAAUAUCAAGUUAAGCCAUCCCGUUAACCAGGAAGUUGUCAGAAGAAUGGGUUUGGAUACAGAUGACGGUUCCGUUUAUGGAACGCCUGGUUAUAUGGAUCCCAGCAGUUUUAUUUCAAAGGUAACGGUGAAGGCACUGUACGAUUAUAAAGCAAAGAGAAAGGAUGAAUUAACGUUCGUAAAACACGCAAUAAUUACUAAUGUGGAUCAGCAUAAUGACGGUUGGUGGAAGGGCGAUUACGGUGGUCAGAAGCAACACUGGUUCCCUGCUACAUACGUCGAGGUGAUUGAGCCUCAAGAGAGCCAAAAUGACUCAUCGGACUCGAUGAUGCUUGGAAAUCUGCAGAAGGGCUCUCUUGACAUUAUGGGAGCCGUUGUGGAUUUGGCAGUGAGUGAGAGACCUGGUCUGGAGUGGAUUCUCAGGAUACAAAACCCCAGUAUGUGCUCAGUUUUUGAAGCAGCUGCACCUUCGAAAGAUGCUGCUCUUGAGUGGAUAGCCAGUAUCAAGGAGGCUGCGCAAAACGCCAGCGUGAGGGAGAAUCAACACAAGGAGAUGGAGCGUGCACUGCGAAUAGCUAAGGAAAUAUCAAACCUGAUAGUUUAUUGCCGCUCCGUGGCCUUCAACGUGGAAAGAAUCAAAACGAAGGGCUUCGUGUUCACCGAGAUGAGCAGCUUCUCCGAAACGAAGGCGGAGAAGCUCAUGUGCCAGCAAGAAAACAAGUUUUUCAUCAAGUACCAUCAGGUACAAUUUAGCAGAGUCUAUCCCAAGGGCCAGAGAAUAGACUCCUCGAAUUACAAUCCUGUACCAAUGUGGAAUACUGGCUGUCAAAUGGUAGCGCUGAACUAUCAAACUGGUGACAAGCCGAUGCAACUCAAUCAAGCGAAGUUCCGCGAAAAUGGGAACUGCGGCUAUCUGCUCAAGCCAGAAUUUAUGUUCAGAGAUGAUUUCAAUCCAUACGAUAAAAAUUCGUUGCAUGGCGUCGAUCCACUCAAGCUCAGUUUAAAAGUCAUUAGUGCUAGACAUUUGAGUAAAUCGGGUAGAGGUAUUACCAGUCCGUUUGUAGAGGUCGAAGUCGUCGGUGCCGAGUACGACGCAGGGAUUAAAUUAACUACAAAAACCAUAACGGAUAAUGGCUUCAACCCCAUGUGGAACGAGGCCUGUGAAUUCGACAUAGCCAAUCCACAUUUUGCAUUAUUGAGAUUUGUUGUGCAAGACGAAGAUAUGUUUGGAGACAGCAAUUUUAUUGGACAAGCUACUUAUCCUGUGCGUUGUUUAAGAACUGGGUAUAGAAGCGUUCCUUUAAAGAACAACUAUAGCGAAGAUCUGGAACUCGCGUCCCUCUUAGUUCACAUCAGCAUUAGAAAUCCGUUGGACGCAACGCACAAUCACAUUAUAAGAAACAAUUCUUUUGAUGGACGAGGUUCACAGUGUGACGGAGACAUGGAACUUCUUGGAAGACUUCAUCUAUAAAGAAAUGCUCUUAUUUUCUCUUUGUAAUUUAUUCUAUACCUCAGGUAGAAGUUUUUCUAGUACAUAAUUUUUAUUGUAAACCGAGAGCACACGAGUACGUAAAACGUGAUCGUCGAAAUCAUGUUUUAGGAAAAUUUUGCAAUAGUAUAACAAACAGUCAUGUCGUCUCAAUAUACAGGCCUAUGUACUAUAUACCAUUUUCAAACGUCAUGAGAAUGAAUGAAUGCACUGGGUAAUGAUAGAACAAGCUUUGGCUACUUGUGGAAGCUGAAAAGAAAGCUCGUAUGCAACUAUUCUGUUGAUAAUACAUUGUUAGCAGCUCAAAGUGUCUGAAUGUAACUAGUUAACAGUUUUCCCGUGGCUUUUGGUAUCGCGUAGCGGAUUUAUGAAAUGUUAAGUUUGUAAUUCAAAUUUUUCAUAUUCUAUUUUGACGUUUCGCCUGGUAUGCACGCGUAUAAAUAAUGUGUGGUGAGACUGGCUCUGCUCAAGGAAUCAUCUUUAUAAUUUCCUAUCCAGAAGUAGAUGUGAAAACAAAAAAAAUGUCAUGUCACGAUUCAUGUAAUGGCAAGUACGUCCAGAAGUACCACAUGAAUCACGAAAAUUUUAGUCUAAGCGACAAUGCGUGUGGUAUUAGUAUCCGAAAAUUGCUCAUAAUUUGUUGCGGGCCUAACUACAAUAUGUCUCUUCUGAGGCAAUAAGGUGUUUUGUAGUAUUCUGUAUAGAAAUUCUCAAUGUAGUGCAUCGGAAAUAUUUGUCGUACAAAACAUUUUAAGCGUUCCAUCAUGUAUUUAUCUAUGAUCAUUUUCGUAAUAUUCUUUGUAGCACAGGAAACCAUGAUCAUAUAAUUUCUUUAGAUAUUUGAAAAACGAGCAGUUUAAUCUUCAUUCUUGUUUUUUAGUUUUUUUUCUUUAUAUAUAUGAUAAUAAACGUAUAUAGUCCAUACGAUAGUCAAUUACGCGAUGAGGAUGGAAACGUGGAUAUAGAAAUAAGCAAGAUCCUUUUAGUAAAUAUACAUGUAUAAUGUUAUGUAUGUAAUAUGGAGAGAGAAUUAAUUGAAAGUUGUUUAGGUGCCUUCAGAUCUUAACUAUAUGUAAAAGAAUUUAUUUGUUAUUAUACAGCAUAAGAAAUGUGAUUAUUGCUGUAUAUGCUCCAAAACAUAGUUUCAUGCCUCUUGUUUGCUGAUGACACUGCUAUUAACUAAAAUUCUAUUACUAUGCUUAUAAGAACUCUCUUUUGAAUUUGUUUGCCAUUAAUUCCAAACACUUAAGACUAGAGGCUUACAGAUGGCAUCGCCAUUUAAUAAUAAUAAAUGCGAUGCACAAACUGGACAGGUAUCUCAGGUGUCCUCUCAUCCGAUUUUAAUGAAACUCAAAUAUGUUUUAGAGCACGAAAAUUUAAUCAAUACGUAUUUUUUUUAUCGGUGGGAAACGGUUUUAAAUUCACAAUGCCAAUGAGAUGCAAAUGCUGUAUCUAUCAGAGAUAAGCUAUUUUUAAUUAAUUUAGUUCGCAAAAGUUAUGUAUUUUCAUACAAACGUAUCAGAAUGCGUUUAAGGGUAGUUACCUCCUGAAAUAAAAAAUGAAACAAUGCAUUUUUACAGUAUCUGACGAUGUGAAUGAAUAAAUUUGAAGUCCCAAAUCGAUUUCAGCGAUCUCCACAACCCUUGAGAUACAAGAGUUUGCAAGACAUUGCGAGCUUACGAGGAACCCCACUAGAGGGGCGGUUUUUGUAAGAUGUGCAACUAAACGUUAUUGAAACGAUUAAGCUUCUUAAUUGAUACAUAAAAGAAGCUUUAUAAUGUAACAAUGCCGUUUUAAUGAGAAAUUGGUCGCACCUGCAUAGGGGUGGUUCACCCCUUAAACGAGGUAUUCUCGGAAAAUGCUAACAUAUAUAUCGCCUACUUUUCUCAGCUCUGUCAAAUGCAAUAAGUUUCAUUAAAAUCUGAUCGAUAGUUUCUUUGUUACAAAAUAUUUUGCAACUUUCAACCUCUAUACAUUUUUAAGAAUUUGCCGCAUCAGAACCGAACAAAAUGCAUUUUUCAUUAUUGCCCAUAAGCAUUAACCUCCAAUAGAUUUCAUUUAAAUAUCUCAUCUUCAAAUAUGUGAAACUGCGAAAAUCGCGUUGGGUGUAUCCGACUUUAGGAGUUCAUUUCACCCCUUAAAACUGUCUUUUCACCAAUAAAAAAAAUAUGUAUCGUUUAGUUUUUCGUGCUCUACAACAUAUUUGAGUUUCAUCAAAAUAGGAGGGAGGCACCUGGGAUGCCUUCCUUGUAAGAAUAAUAUUAAAAAAUCAUUCAAUUCCAUGAGCACGACUGUUAAUAAUUCAAUUACUAUAUUUUAUAUUUUAUCACAAUUUAUUUCUACGUCUUAUAAAAGGCGAUUUUUGUGUGUACCAAACUUUAUAUUGUUAUCAUUGCAAUUCUUAGAAUCUUCAGAUGGCUUUAGAUAAAAAAAGUGCAGAACGCAGGGUUUGUGGAAGUUAGAGCGAUAUAACUGUAGAGUGAUAUAAACUGGCACUGAUUGUGUGUGGCGCCGCGGGUGCUGCGAGGAGUCACACAAACCUAGUAUGAAAUAAAUGUGUAUACACAGACAAA